AUGGUCGUCUUUCUUCUUUCACAUGGUGCAAACAUCAAUGCAAAGGAUGAUAAUGAAAGUACAUCACUUCAUCAUGCAGCUGGGAAUAAUCGUAAAGAAAUGACCGAGCUUCUUCUUUCACAUGGUUCAAAUAUCAAUGAAAAAAUAAAAAUGGAGAAACCGCUCUUCAUCUUGCAGCAUGUCUUAAUACAAAAGAAAUAA